AUGGGUACUGUUGCAAUUACUUUCCUGAUCAUGUUGCUAUUUCUAGAAUCUUUUAAUCCUAGCUUUUGUGCCAGAAACCGCAACAUUAGUUGCAUUCAAAUUGAGAAACGGGCUCUUUUGAGGUUUAAGCAAGAUCUCAAGGAUCCUUCAAACCGAUUAGCUAGUUGGACCAAUGAUGGAGAUUGUUGCAAAUGGGAUGGAAUCGUCUGCAGUAAUGUAACCGGCCAUGUUAUUCAGCUCCACCUUGGAAGUUCUCAGGAUGCUAGUCAUGCAGCGCAUGAAAGGUCUAAGUUGGGGGGUAAGUUGAACCCUUCUCUGCUAGAUUUGAAGUAUUUAACGUACUUGGACCUAAGCAACAAUAAGUUCAGAGAAACUCAAAUUCCCACUUGGUUUUGGAACUUGUCUUCUUAUCUAUACUAUCUAAAUAUCUCUAGAAAUCAAUUCCAAGGUCACAUUCCUGAUCUACCCACAAUGGCUCUUCCUUCUGUUGUGAUAGACCUCAGUUCGAAUAACUUCAGAGGUCAAUUACCUCGUCUCUCCUCGAAUGUGACUGUUAUAGAUCUUUCUAACAAUUCCAUGUCAGGAUCUAUCUCCCAUUUCUUGUGCUACAAAGUGAAUGAGCCAAUGAAGUUGGAAGUUCUCAAUCUUGGGAAUAAUCUUUUAUCAGGAGAAAUACCUGACUGUUGGAAGAAGUGGCCAAGGUUGGUGGGGAUAAAAUUUUGUGACAACAAUUUUAGUGGUAAGAUUCCCAGUUCCAUGGGAAGUUUAACUUCUCUUCAAUCAUUACACCUACGAAACAACAGUCUAGUUGGUGAAGUACCCUCCUCUAUAAAACAUUGCAGAGAAUUGCUUACCGUUGACUUUGGUGGUAAUCGGUUGUCCGGACAUAUACCCCCAUGGAUGGGAGGAAGGCUCUCAAAAUUAAUUAUCCUCAGCCUUCACACGAGCAAGUUUAAUGGCAAUAUACCUAAAGAACUUUGUGUCCUAUCAUCUCUUCAAAUUCUAGACCUUUCCCAUAACAAUUUUUCAGGUAAUAUACCAAGCUGUAUCAACAAUCUCAGUGCCAUGGUCUCAAGAAAUAAUUCCCAUGACAAGAUAUUUUACAGAACUUCUAAGGGAAGUUUUUUUGAGAAUAUAUUAGUUGUGAUGAAAGGAAGGGUGGUGGAGUAUAGCAAUACGCUUAAACUAGUUAAACUUGUGGACCUUUCGGACAACAAUUUAUCAGGUGAGAUUCCCAAGGAGGUGACAAGUCUUGUAGGCCUACAAUCAUUGAAUUUCUCACAUAAUCGUUUAGUUGGAAGAAUUCCUGACAACAUUGGUGCCAUGAUAUCAUUAGAAUGUGUUGAUUUAUCAACAAACCUACUUUCUGGCAAAAUCCCUCCAACUAUCUCUUGCCUAACCUUCUUGAGUCACUUGAACUUGUCCUAUAACAAGAGAAUUACAGGAAAAAUCCCAACAAGUACUCAGUUGCAAAGCUUAGAUGCAUCCAGCUUUCUUGGAACUGAGCUCUUUGGACCACCACUAAGUGAGAAUUCGAAUGCUGUGACGUUCAGCAGCAGUGCAGGAGAAAAAGAGGACGGUCGACAUGACGUAGACUGGUCCUUUCUAAGCAUUGCAUUGGGAUUUUGGUUUGGAUUACUUGGUACGUUAGUCCCUGUUCUGUUCUGCAAGUCAUGGAGAUUUGUAUAUUUUCGAUAUCUGGAUUACGUACUACAUAACUUAUAUGGCAUUAUUAGUAAAUAA